ACCCAUUUUGGCUCGUCAGUGGGUCCUCGUUCUGAGAGGACCUCUCCCAUCCUUAGUUUCUCUUUCUCAUCACUGAGCGUAAACUCGUCUGGACCAUACGCCUCAACUGUGUCACACGGUGUGUGUGCACCACAGAAGUUGUCUAGGGUAUUCCUUUCUUCAUCUCCUGUGCCUAGCAAAGUUGCGUAUUUCUCGUUGUUCCCCCAGUUACGCCGUCCCUGCGCUCUGCUUCCACAGACUUUUAUGGCAGCCAACCACGGCAUUUAAUCGCGUUUACGUGGAGCAGCAGAGCAGCGACGAGCUACUACCGUGUACUACUUCUCGCGACCAUGUCUCCGUCGUGCGUGCUCGCCGACAAUCCCGCCGCAGCGCACCGUCAACAUCUUCCCCUUCCGCAUCCGCCAGCGUCCGCCGCGGCUACCGGCAGCGGCGGAGACCUUUCGCCCUUCAAGGGCCCUCCCUCUCCGCUAAUGGCGCUAACGUCAGCUGCCGCCUCUCUCGGCGCCGCGGCUUCCGCCGCCACAACGAAAGAGGCAUCGCGGCGGCCGCUAUCCACCGUUCCGGCGCUGCAUGGGCCCGGCAGCGCGACUGGCGGCGCAACUGGCGGCAGCGGCAGUGUUUGGCGGUCCAAAAGUCAUGGCGGGUGCUUCCGAAACCAGCUCGUUGCGCCGUGCGACGACGACGACGACGGUGACGACGGCGACGACGGCGACGAGAAGGAGGAGGGAGACGAUGAGGAGGGUGGAGAUGAUUGGCUCGUCACAUAUUCUCGCACUUCGUCCUCCUACACGCAACCUGUGCCAGUCUCAGCCUCCGGGAGUCCCGUUAAUGGCGCGUUGCGACGGUCGGCAACGGCGGAGCCUAGAGUGGAACGGCCGUUACAGCCGGUUACUGCUACUAGCCACCAUUACCAGGGCAAUCCCCUUGCGUUUGGGGCCGCAGUGGCUGCGGCUGCGUUGGCGUCGGCGUCGACGUCAGUGGCGGCAAUGGCGGCUGAGUCAGCGGGAAGUGUGGAGGCGGAGGAAGAGGAUUUCAACGCGUGGAUGAUGGGCGCAGUGGGAGCAGGGACGGGUGGCCCGGCGCCUACUAGUAGAGGUUCUUGCAGGGGCGGUGCGAGGGGGGGGAGGCAUUUCUCUUCCUUGAAGGGAAGAGGCGCCGCGAAGGGUGCCGAGGACGGCCCGAUAUCCAACAAUCGAGGCUGCCGCAGUAGUAGAGACAGCGAUACUGACGGCGACGAGUCAGAAUGGUGCAGCGCGGUGGGGAUGGGUUCGACUCGGGACCAGAAUGAGCGGCGCAACAGCGGCGGCGGGGGGAGGCGGCCGUCGCCGCGAAUAUCGAGCAGCUCGAGACGGCGCAACGCCAUGGAGUACUCGGAGCUGGACGCCAUUCGUGAAAGGUUGCUCCACGCCACUCACCUGUGGGCCGUCACUUCCGAUAGUCCUACGGAUUGCGCUGCCACUGUCGCUGCUGCUGCUGCUGGUGAUAAUGGCGCCACUAGUGCAGUUGCACGUGAAACGAGCGGUGGAACUAUUGCUGUGGCGGCCGCCUCACCUGUUGGCUCAAGAUCCCCGUCUUUGGUCCAAACUACUGCAGAGGCAGUAGUAGCGGGCGAAGGGGUCAGCGGCGCAGCAGGCAGUGGCUCUGCUCCAGCCAACGCUACUGCCAGUCCCAUUACCACCAUCGCCACCACCACCGCCAUCACCGCCGCCACCACUUCCACCAUGAUCCGUACUCGUGUCCGAACCCGUACCAUGAGUGCAUCCGGCAGUGCUGCCGUGAUGGCACUGCAGGCAGCAUCGCCAUCCAGUGCGGUGAUGGCAGGGGUGCCGCUGGUACCUGCAGCAGGCAGGGGGGGGAAGACUGAGGGCAGUGGCGCUGAUACGGCACUCGCCUCCUCCUCUGCCGCUGCUGCUGACUCUCCCUUUGGCCUCCCGUUUCCUGGUGCCAGCACAGCACCAGCAGCAGGAGCCCCUGAGCAAUGUUGUUCAGAUUUGAGCACGCGUUUGGGUGGGUCCACUACUCGCAUCCUACAAGCACAUUCUUUGGCAGCUAGCACUGCCGCUCAUGCGCAUGGCUCCACUGCCCCAUAUGCUGUACAUGACACAUCGGCUGCUGUUGCCUCUACCAUGGCUUCACCCACUGCUGCUGCUACCCAUGGGCUCACCAGCCCCACCAAUGGUGUGGUGCCGCUUGCUCCUGAGUCGGUCGUGUCCCGCUUUUCCUCGUUCAUCUUGCGGCGAUUCGGGUCCCCGUUUCCAAUCACAAGGUCGUCCACAUACCCCAACCUCUAGUAUGGGUGGCAUGGGUCUGGGGUCAGGACACAACAUCUUGUCUCUUAAUCUGUUCCCUGCCCUCUUUUCCCCUCAUUAUAUCGCUCUCCCUAUGUGGUCUCUUUCUCCCCUACUUGCUCAUCCUCCCUGUCAAGAUUUAGGCUCACAUUUUUCGCCUACCAUUCAUGUAUCGUUCAUAAUUUUAUUACGAAUGAGCGUCCAAC